UUUUUCUUCUGCAGGUGGGCCUCUGUACAAGUGCUGAUAGUACUACGCUGUAUAGCUUUAGUUGUGACAUUCGACAGCUUGAAGCAAGACCCCCUGCCUUUGUCGCCACGAUGGAGAGCUGCCAGCGUAUGACGCGCAGCCGGGCCAAGGCCCUUGGCACCACACCGAUGACCGCGGCUGCUCCCACUCCUGAUCCCAAGACCACGGGCCGCCGUGGACGUCGCGGUGCCGCGGCUGCAGCUGAGCAGUCGGCGCCUGCUCUCGAGAAGCAGUUGUUCCAGGACGAGCCUGUGACUGAGCAGCAGGCUCAGCAGGAGGAUGUUCCCGUGCCCGAGCCCUCACUGGAGCAGCCUGCGCCCGAGAGCUCGGAGCAAGAGCAGCAGAGCUCCGAGCCCGCUGACCAGGCCAGCGCUGACCCUGACUCGGACAAGGAGUCGCACGAGCUGCACACCGACUCGCAUGUUCUGAUGGCGUCGCCGAUUCCCAUGGCGCUGCCGGUGCCGAUUGCGGCUGACAACACGGCUGCUGCGGAGGAGAUGCAGCCGCUGCAGCUAAACCUGGACGCUGCGGCGCCGGCGCCCGCUGUUGCGCCCCGCCCCGCCCCGGCCCCCCAGCCCAGCCCGCUGCAGGCCGCUGCGCAGCCUCCCGCCAGCCCCAUGCCCAUCCCCAUGAGCCCCAUGGCGCUCGAAAUGCAGCCCGCGCCCUCGCCUGCGCCCGUAGCGGCCAACGCUGCGGCCAGCCCCAUGCCCGCCGGCACGCCGCUGAGCUUCACCUCCGACCUGGGGGCCGCCCCUGGCCAGCCUGGCGGCCUCUCCAUGCCCGCCACGCCGCUGUCCUUCAACAGCAUGGCCGAUGCGGUGGACGCGGCGGAGUUCUCGCCCAUGCCUGACGACGACGAGAUGGGCGGCGGCAGCCCCAUCAGCCUGUCGGGCGAUCCCGUGAUCGCCACCCCCGCGCCUAUGCAGCAGCAGGACGCGGACAUGGCCGACAACGCCACGCCCGCCGGCAACAUGGCGCUGCAGCCGGCGGCCGUCGAGGAGAACCCCAUGACCUUUGCCUCUGACCGCCCGCUGACGCCCAUGGCCGACCCCUCCCCCAUGGCCGGCUUCCUGGGCAUGGCGCCCGCCAGCGUGCCCCACCCCGCCGCUGCUGUGCAGGCCCGCCUGUCGGAGCCCGCAGCCGGCUUUGUCGGCUUCAGCCCGCUGCCCAUGCACGUGGCGGGCACUGACGCGCAGGUGGAGUCCCCCUCGCUGGACGGUCUCAUUGUGCCCGCGGCCGCCGCCGCCGGCGCCUCGCCCUCGCCCUUCAGCCUGACUCCGCCCAUGCCGCCGCUGGGCCAGCUGCAGGACAUCACCUUCUCGCCCCUGCCUGGCACCGCCGUCACGCCCAUCGCCGGCCUGGCGCCUGUGCAGCCCGCUGCCUCGCCGAUGGGCGCUGUGCUGCCCGUGCCCGCGCCCACUCCCGAGGGUGCCGCCGCGCCCGGGUACGCGCUGGCGCUGACGCCGCUGGCGGGCGCCAUUGCCGAGAUGCAGCCCGCGGCCGCUGAGGAGGAGGACGAGAUGGCGAUGGAGGAGGACUGCGACAUGAACGGUGCGCCGAUGUGCGAGGAGCCCGCAGCUUCCACCCCGCUGGCGGCUCCCACGCCUGCGGCCGCGGCCAGCAAGACCCCGGCUGCCGCCACCCCCGGCGCGCGCAUGUUCACGCCCAAGCUGGUGUCCACCGCCUCCAAGGCGACGCCGCAGGCCAAGACGCCCACCAUGGUGAGCGCCAAGAGCCCCUACGUGAACGUGGAGUCGCGCUACAACAAGCCGCGCACGCCCGCUGCCGUCACCCCCGUGGCGCCCGUGGCCGCAGCCACCACCAAGUCCAUCAAGCGCGUGUCCAUUACCACGCCCGAGGGCCCUCGCAGCACCGCCCCGCAGCGCCAGGUGGUGCCCACGCCCUACCGGCCCAAGUCCGCCGCUGCUGAGGCGCCCUCGCCGCUGCCCAUUGCGGAGCCCACUGAGGAGGUGCAGCAGCAGCAGCAGGCCCCGGUCCUGGCGCCCGAGGCUGCCGCCGCUGCCGAGGAGCGCCGCGCUAAGGCCGCCGAGCGCCUCAAGUCCAUCCACGACGCCGAGACCGGCGCCGCCUCCGUGCCCAGCUACCUGGCGCCCACCCAGGCCUUCGCCAACAAGGCCGCCGGCAAGGCGCUCAAGAGCAAGGUCGAGGCCGGAGACUACGACCCCCGCUCACUGCGUCAGCUCAAGCGCGAGGUGAAGGAGGCCAUGGCCAAGAAGGCCGAGAAGGCCGGCGGCGCCUCCAGCCUGACGGCGCCGCGCGACGUCAAGCUGACGCCCAAGGUGGCGGAGCGCGACCUGGCCAUGCCGGACGACCAGGAGGACAGCGACCACGAGGCAGAGUACAACGAGGCCCAGGAGAACGUGUUGGUGGAGGCCAUGGGCGGGCUGGAGGUGGCGCCGCCCGCCAGCAAGGCCAUGCCGCUGCGUGGACUGCCCGCGCCGCAGGGCCGCCACCUGCGCUUCGACGACAAGGGCAAGGCGGCGGAGAGCCCGCAGCGCACCGUGCUGCGCGGCCUGCCCGUGGCCAGCGGCAAGUACAAGCGCUUCGAGUGAACGGCGCCCAGGGCUGAGACGGGUGUCCUAACAGUGCAGCGGCGCAGCAACUGACUCUCGGUGCCAUGCAAGUUGCUGGGCCGGCACAGUCUGCAGCUUUACGUACAGCGCAUUCAGCGAUGGUGUACAUCAAUGAUGGGCCACCGAACGUGUUCUACUCACGCGUGGUGGUAGCUAGACAGGUCAGGUAGAUGCAGGAGUGCUUUGCGUGGAUGUGAUGCCUAGGCAGGUCGGGAUAGGAACAAUAAUGCGGCUACGCUGACAAGUGAUCGAUAUUGACUGGACGCUUGACCUUCUGCUGCGCUGAUGUCAGUGCUCCCACUGAACUGCAAGAGUUGACGUGACGCAUUCGCACAUGCUGGUGCGGGUAUCCUAUGUGGGGGCGGUACAAAGACAGAUCACAGACUGCUGUACCUGGGGUGUGGCUGGCCAUGCGUUUGCAAUUCGGGGCAUGCUCAUCCGAGUGUCUGCUCACACGGGGACAAGACGUGCCCCGUGCAGGCCCCGGGGGGGGGGCUCGACGUGUAUACUGUGUAUUGAAAGGGAGAUCACGCCAAUAGCAUACUACGGCGUUGAUAUCGAUCGCGACUGACAUGGGCUGAUGCAUUCUUGUAAGGCGGCGGUCAC